AUGGCAGCAGAUAUGACGGGCGAACAAAUGCAGGCCAAGAUUACUGCGGCCAGGCGCGAAGCUGAGGGUUUGAAGGACAAGAUCAGGCGUCGCAAGGAUGAGCUAGCCGACACUUCACUCCGCCAAGUCGCGCAGAACCAGACCGAUACCCUCCCUCGAAUUGGCAUGAAGCCGCGCCGGACGCUGAAGGGUCACCUCGCAAAGAUUUACGCCAUGCACUGGUCGACCGAUCGCCGCCACCUUGUGUCAGCUUCGCAGGACGGAAAGCUAAUCAUCUGGGACGCCUACACCACUAACAAAGUUCACGCCAUUCCCCUGCGCUCGUCCUGGGUCAUGACCUGUGCCUAUGCGCCCAGCGGGAACUACGUUGCCUGCGGUGGUCUCGACAACAUUUGCUCCAUCUACAACCUGUCCUCGCGCGAAGGUCCUACUCGCGUCGCGCGUGAGCUCUCCGGCCACUCGGGCUACCUCUCCUGCUGUCGCUUCAUCAAUGACCGCCGCAUCAUCACCUCUUCCGGCGAUAUGACCUGUAUGCUGUGGGAUAUCGAGUCCGGAUCAAAGGUUACCGAGUUUGCCGACCACCUCGGUGACGUGAUGUCGAUCAGCAUCAACCCUACCAACCAGAACAUCUUCGUUUCCGGUGCUUGCGACGCCUUUGCUAAGCUGUGGGAUAUCCGUACCGGCAAGGCCGUGCAGACCUUUGCUGGUCACGAGUCCGACAUCAACGCCAUCCAGUUCUUCCCCGAUGGAAACGCUUUCGGAACCGGUUCCGACGAUACCUCCUGCCGUCUGUUCGAUAUCCGUGCUGACCGCGAGCUCAAUAUCUACCAGAGCGACCAAGUCCUUUGCGGUAUCACCUCCGUUGCUUUCUCCGUUUCUGGCCGGUUAUUGUUUGCUGGUUACGACGACUUCGAGUGCAAGGUGUGGGAUGUUCUGCGUGGCGACAAGGUUGGCUCACUCAGCGGCCACGAGAACCGCGUUAGCUGCUUGGGUGUCAGCAACGACGGCAUCAGUCUGUGCACUGGAUCUUGGGAUUCUCUCCUCAAGGUCUGGGCCUGGUAA